AUGCAAGCUAAGGUUUUUACCGCCAUUAAUAAUGUCCCUGUCGGUUUCUGCGACUUACGUCAGAUUUUCGCAGUCAGUGUUUGGCUUACGACAGUGUUAGGUUCGUGCUACCAUCGACUACUUAUUGAUUUUAGAUUAUGUCUAUGGUCAGUUCACGAACAAAAAGGAUUUUGGCGGCUCUUAGCCAAAAUGAUGAAUCGAAUAAUGUUUAUUUUGAGGAAGAAAUCGGGUCUAUGCCGAUGUCCAUUAUUUCAAGUGACAAUAUUUUUGAUCUAGAUAAUUCCGAAAAUAUUUUAAAAACUACUUUAAUGAGUUAGCAGAAACUGAUGCAGAGGAUGACAAUGAAGAUGAAAGCUCCAAAACUUAAAAAAAUAUAUAUUUUUUAUUAGUAAGAAUUUCAUAUUUUCUUUUGUAACGUUAUUUUGUGUUUUUUAAUAAUAAAC